UUACAUAUGGUUAUGUGGGAAUGCCACUUCCAGCCAGGCAUUAUUCUGCACUUUGCUUAGUUUAGGGCGUUUGUCACAAUAUCUAUCAAUUAACCACUUCUUCAGCAAAAUAAUUUUACACAAUCACCCAUUUUAAUACAUGACAGCCAUUAUAGAUGUGGAAAAAAACAUGUUUUGUAAUAGCUCGGGUUGGGGCCACAAGCCUCGUUUUUUUUAUUACUUAGCUACAACGUUGUUGUGAUGGAGAACUCCUGUACAGUAGGUGGCGGUGUUAAACUUUAAUUGCACAGUCCAGCAUAAUGAUGAAAAGGAAAGAAUCACCGGCUACAAACAAAGCUAGCGAUGUUUCGUUUCUGAUAGGAUUGCGUUUAUUUUAAUAGCAAACUAGAUCCUGUAGAUUAUUAUAAUAUUAUAGAAAACACAAAGACUGUUUUCAUAUUGAAAAGGGACCAAAAGCGUCGGGGGACAAUGUCGGGUUCCGUGGUCGAGUUCCAGGCGCAGAUAGCCUCAAUCAUGGAGGUGCUAGCCAACGCGGCUGUUGCCGAAAUCUGCAAAGUUGUUGACGAUGGCUAUGCGGUUGUACACCUGAAAAUGUCCCAAAGCCACAAGGAGAACGAAUUUCUCCGGAGGAAAAUGAAAUUGAUGGAACUUCAGAUCGCGAGGUUUCGAUCAGAGAGAACAAAGUCUUCAGAGGGGUCCGUCCACAACCGCUUCCAUGGAAUACGCCUCAUAAACAGACACAACCAUCGUGAGACGGCAACGACAGGACCUACUUUGCAAAGCAGAGCCAGACUUUCCAACAGGAGUUUUGGGAACAGCAGUAUUCAAAGAGACAGACAGCCCAUAGACGUGGAUCAAGACGAUGUCUCUCCAUCAAAGCAUAUGGAUGCUACAAGUGAUGAGCAGUCAGCAGAGACAGAGGAAGGGGAACCAGACCUGCUGAUCAUCAAGGAUGAGGGAGUCGCAGACGACCAGAAAUCUAGGUCCAGCCACCCGGCCAGAACAGUGGAGGGCAGCAGAGAACUAACCACCCAAUCGGCUGCAGCGACCAGCAAGGAUCCCGCCUUCCAGCUCAGUGGCCCCAGAGGCAACAACUACAACAACACCGCUAUGGAGCAAUCAGCAGAGACAGAGGAAGGGCAACCAGACCUGCUGAUCAUCAAGGUGGAGGGAGAAGCAGAUGACCAGGACUCUAGGAUCAGCCACCCAGCCAGAACAGUGGAGGGCAGCAGGGAACUAACCACCCAACUGGCUGCAGCCACCACAGAGGACUCCGCCUUCAAGUCCAGUGGCCCCAGAGGCAACAACAAUUACAACAACAUCGCUAUGGAGGUCAGUGGAUCUGACGUCGUCUUCCAAUCAGAAACAGGGAAUGUGAACCAGGGACUCCAGCAGUACACAGGAUUUGAACCCAGAGCAGAGAGACCGAAUCUGGACACUAAGUGUGACAUGUACGGGGGCCUCAAUCUCCUAAGAGAUUCUUUAAACCAGGUGUGCAGAGAGGUAGUAGCGACUGAUAAUGGAGCAUCAGCUGCUCACACUAAAGUAAUGGACCUAGGGAAUGGCCCAGUGGGCCUAGAAACACAGAAUAGCUCAGACAUAGAAAUGAGAAGUGUAGGGUUAGAAAACCACAGGUUUUCCCCCAAGUCAUUCCAUUCUUCAUCAGAACAUGUGAUAGUGAUUGACUCUGUAUCCAGUGGACAGCAGGUAGAUAGAGAUUUUGAGUGGGGUCAGGUCAAUGGGACUGGAAAUACGCAGGGAGAGGGAGUGUUUGAGAGGAACGCACCUACGAUGGCAAGCCUCCAUAGACACUUUGAAAUACCAGGAAGAGGAGUUCAACAACCAGCUCAUACCUCACUUCCGGUCGGCCAUUUUAGACAAAGCGCCACAACUUCGUCUCACUCGAGUAAUCUUGCCACACACGUUAGACCGGACACCAUAGAGCGAUUGUACGGUUGCCUGAGCUGCCAUAAGAAGUUUGUCCACGAGAGUGACUUGCGGCAGCAUGUGGUCGUCCACAACAGAAAGCGGGCGUUCGCCUGCAACUUGUGUGAGAAGAGCUUUAUGUCCCGCACCGAUCUCCAAAUGCACCUGAAUGUCCACACUGGGGAGAAGCCCUUCAGUUGUACACAUUGCGGGCGCAGGUUUUCCCACUCCAGCAAUCUGAAAAGACAUCAGAAGCUUCAUCAUUGAGAAAUUGGACAGAAGUAAGAGAUUCCUAUUGAAAAAAGCUGUUCUAGCAAUAUCAUGAGUUCAAACUUGAUUUGUUCUACAGUGCAUUCGGGAAGUAUUCAAUCUAUACACACUACCCCAUAAUGACAAUACAAAACAGGUUAUACAUUUUUGUGUGUGUAUAUAUAUAUAAUAUAUAUAAAUAAAUAAAAACUGGAAAUAUUACAUUUACAUAAGUAUUCAGACAGUCUGUACUUUGUUGAUGCAUCUUUGGCAGCAAUUACAGUCUAAGUAUUCUUGGGUAUGGCGCUACAAACUCGGGGAGUUUCUCCCAUUCUUCUCUGCAGACCCUCUCAAGCUCUGUCAAGUUGGAUGGGGAGUGUCGCUUCACAGCUUUUUUCAGGUUUCUGCAGAGAUGUUUGAUAGGGUUCAAGUCCGGGCUCUGGCUGGGCUACUCAAGGACAUUGAGACUUGUCCCGAAGCCACUCCUGUGUUGUCUUGGCUGUGUGCUUAGUGUCAUUGUCCUGUUGGAAGGUGAACCUUCGCCCUAGUCAUGUCCUGAGCGCUCUGGGGCAGGUUUUCAUCAAGGAUCUCUCUGUACUUCGCUCCGUUCAUCUUUCCCUCAACCCUGACUAGUCUCCUUGUCACUGCCACUGAAAAACAUCCCCACAGCAUGAUGCUUCCACCAACAUGCUUUCCCAUAGUGAUGAGCAGUUUCUGGUUUCCUCCAGAUGGGAUGCUUGGCAUUCAGUCCAAAGAGUUCAAUUUUGGUCUCAUCAGACCAGAGAAUCUUGUUUCUCAUGGUCUGAGAGUUCAUUAGUUGCCUUUUGGCAAACUCCAACCGGGCUGUCAUGUGCCUUUUUACUGAGUGGCUUCCAUCUGGCCACUCUACCAUAAAAAGCCUGAUUGGUGGAGUGCUGAAAAGAUGGUUGUCCUUCGGGAAAGUUCUCCCAUCUCCACCGAGGAACUCUGGAGCUCUUUCAGAGUGAACAUCGGGUUGUUGGUCCCCUCCCUGACCAAGGCCCUUUUCCCCCAAUUUCUCAAUUUGACAUGGGGCGGCCAGCUCUAGGAAGACUCUUGGUGCUUCCAACUUCUUCCAUUUAAGAAUGAUGGAGGCCACUGUGUUCUUGGGGACCUUCAAUGCUGCAGAAUUUUUUUGGUAGCCUUCCUCAGAUUUGUGCCUCAACACAAACUUUUCUCGGAGGUCUACGGACAAUUCCUUCAACGUUAUGGCUUGAUUUUUGCUCUGACAUUCACUGUGAACUGUGUGACCUUUUAUACAGACAGGUGUGUGCCUUGCCAAAUCAUGUCCAAGAAAUUGAAUUUACCACAGGUGGACUCCAAUCAAGUUAUAGAAACAUCUCAAGGAUGAUCUAUGGAAACAGGAUGCACCUGAGCUCAAUUUCGAGUCUCAUAGCAAAAGGUCUAAAUACUUACAGUACCAGUCAAAAGUUUGGACACCUACUCAUUCAAGGGUUUUUCUUUAUUUUUACUUUUUUCUACAUUGUAGAAUAAUAGUGCAAACAUCAAAACGAUGAAAUAACACACACAUAUGGAAUCAUGUAGUAACCAAAAAAAAGUGUUAAACAAAUAUUUUAUAUUUGAGAUUCUUCAAAGUAGCCACCACGUGGCAUUCUCUCAAACAGCUUCACCUGGAAUGCUUUUUCAACAGUCUUGAAGGAGUUCCCACAUAUGCUGAGCACUUGUUGGCUGCUUUCACUUCACUCUGCAGUCCAGCUCAUCCCAAACCAUCUUUAUUGGGUUGAGGUCAGGUGAUUGUGGGGGCCAGGUCAUCUGAUGCAGCACUCCAUCACUCUCCAUGAUCAAAUGGCCCUUACACAGCCUGGAGGUGUGUUGGGUCAUUGUCCUGUUGAAAAACAAAUGAUUAGUCCCACUAAGUGCAAGCCAGAUGGGAUGGCUUAUCGCUGCAGAAUGCUGUGGUAGCCAUGCUCAUUAAGUGUGCCUUGAAUUCUAAAUAAAUCACAGACUGUGUCACCAGCAAAGCACCAUCACACCACCUCCUCCAAGCUUCACGGUGGGAACCACACAUGUGGAGAUCAUCAAAUUUGGACUCAUCAGACCAAAGGACAGAUUUCCAUCCGUCUAAUGUCCAUUGCUCAUGUUUCUCGUCCAAGCAAGUCUUCUUAUUAUUGGUGUCCUUUAGUAGUGGCUUCUUUGCAGCAAUUCGACCAUGAAGGACUGAUUCACGCAGUGUCCUCUGAACAGUUGAUGUUGAGAUGUGUCUGUUACUUGAAUUCUGUGAAGCAUUUAUUUGGGCUGCAAUUUCUGAGGCUGGUAACUCUAAUGAACUUAUCCUCUGCAGCAGAGGUAACUCCGGGUCUUCCUUUCCUGUGGCGUUCCUCUUGAGAGACAGUUUCAUCAUAGCGCUUGAUGGUUUUCCCACUGCACUUGAAGAAACUUUCAAAGUUCUUGAAAUUUUACGAAUUCACUGACCUUCAUCUGUAAUGGACUGUUGUUUCUCUUUGCUUAUUUGAGCUGUUCUUGCCAUAAUAUGGACUUGGUAUUUUACCAAAUAGGGCUAUCUCCUGUAUACCACCCCUACCUUGUCACUACACAAGUGAUUGGCUCAAACCCAUUAAGAAGGAAAGAAAUUCCACCAAAUAAUUUAACAAAACACACCUGUUAAUUGAAAUCCAUUCCAGGUGACUACCUCAUGAAGCUGGUUGAAAGAAUGUCAAGCAUGUGCAAAGCUGUCAUCAAGGCAAAGGGUGGCUACUUUGAAGAAUCUCACAUAAAAUAUAUUUUGAAUUGUUUAACACUUUUUUUGGUUACUACAUGAUUCCAUAUGCGUUAUUUCAUAGUUUUGAUGUCUUCACUAUUAUUUUACAAUGUAGAAAAUAGAACAAAUAAAGAAAAACCCUGUAAUUUUGUUUUUAUUUAACUAGGCAAGUCAGUUAAGAACAAAUUUUACCCCGAACUCAGACAACGCUGGGCUAAUUGUGCACCGCCCUAUGGGACUCCCAAUCACGUCCGGUUGUGAUACAGCCUGGAAUCAAACCAGGGUCUGUAAUGAUGUGUCUAGCACUGAGAUGCAGUGCCUUAGACCGCUGCACCACUCAGGAUUCCCCAUCGGGAAUGAGUAGGUGUGUCCAAACUUUUGACUGGUACUCUAUGUAAAUAAGUUAUUUCUGUUUUAUUUGUAUACAUUUGUGAAAAUGUCUCUUUGUCAUUAUGGAGUUGUGUGUGUAGAUUGACAAGAAAAAUAGCUUGUCAUCCGUUUUAGAGUAAGGCUGUAACGAAACAAAAUGUGGAAAAAGCAAAGGGAAGACUUUCCCAAUCCAGUGUAUGUCUUCAGGAUGUUAUCCCAGGUCUCUUAUGUUUUAUAAUACACCACGUGGUUCAUAUUUUACAUUAUCUGCAUACACUUCAACCUUCUCUUAUCCACUGUAUGUCUUCAGGAUGUUAUCCCAGGUCUCUUAUGUUUUAUAAUACACCACGUGGUUCAUAUUUUACAUUAUCUGCAUACACUUCAACCUUCUCUUAUCCACUGUAUGUCUUCAGGAUGUUAUCCCAGGUCUCUUAUGUUUUAUAAUACACCACGUGGUUCAUAUUUUACAUUAUCUGCAUACACUUCAAUUUUUUUGCAGACCCCCCCUGCAGUUUUUGUUGAUCAAUUCCUAUAAUAUAAUCAAUAAAUAAUAUUCUCACAUUGACCCUAAAUAUACCGAAAAGAAAAAAAGGCAACAUGUAAAGUAUUGGUCCCAUGUUUCAUGAACUGAAAUAAAAGAUCCCAGAAAUUGUUC